CCCGUUUACUCAUUAGUGAUUCUGGCCGUUGAGGAGUUCGGUCGUGGUUUUGUGCGCGCUCGUUCGCCUGGAUUUCCCAUUUCGGAGAGAGAGAUUCCGAUUCUCCCAGGUCAGGUUUCGGUUCAGGUGUUUGCUGUUCUGUUCUGGACGACGUUCAGCCGUGCGUGACUACGAUGGCGAUAGCGGCCUUGGUGGCUCUGGCGCUGGUAGGCCUCGCACUGGCCGUGCUCCUGUACCGGAAGUUUGCCAACGCGCUGUACUACGGGGCCAAGAUCGGUGGUCCGCGCGGGUAUCCGCUGAUUGGGAAUGCGCUGCUGUUUCUGUACAAGAGUCCUCCCGACUUUUUCCUCGCAAUCGAGAAAACUAUUCGGGAGGCCGGUAGAUGCUUCCGCCUCUGGCUGGGCCCGGAACUGCUGGUCAUCGUAACGGACGCGAAGGUCGCCGAGGGCAUCCUCAGCAGCCCCAAGUACAUCGAAAAGUCCGGCGAGUACGACUUUAUGCGACCAUGGCUGGGCGAGGGUCUGCUGACGAGCAGUGGCCGCAAGUGGCACUCCCACCGGAAGAUCAUCACCCCGACGUUCCACUUCAAGAUCCUGGAGCAGUUUGUGGAGAUCUUCGACCAUCAGAGUGACGUUUUCGUUGAGCAGUUGCGGGCUCAAGCGGCCAGCGGACAGGCCUUCGACGUGUUUCCGUUGGUGACGCUGUACGCGUUGGACGUGAUCUGCGAAUCUGCCAUGGGCACCAAGAUCAACGCACAGAUUCACUCCGACUCGGAGUACGUGAAGGCGGUCAAGGAAAUCACCUGCAUCAUCCACAUCCGGACGUACGACGUGAUGGCGCGGUACAACUCCCUGUUCAACUUGUCCCCGUACCGGCGCCAACAGGAUAAGGUUCUGAAGGUGCUGCAUGGGUACACCAACAGUGUGAUCCAGUCGCGGCGGCGUGACCUCGUCGAGAACAACCAAAAGUCCCAGCAGGACCGCGACCGGGAGGCAGAGUUGGGAAUUCGCCGGAAGGUGGCCUUCCUGGACAUGCUGCUCCAGACGACGGUCGAUGGUCGUCCGCUGACGGAUGUGGAGAUCCGGGAGGAGGUGGACACGUUUAUGUUCGAGGGGCACGACACUACGACGUCGGCCAUAAGCUUUCUGAUGUACAGGUUGGCACGGCAUCCGGAGGUGCAGCGGAAGGUGUACGAGGAGAUCGUUGCGGUUAUUGGGGCCGAUCGGGACAGGCCGGUGACGUUGGCUAUGUUAAACGAACUGCACUAUUUGGAGCUGGUGGUGAAGGAAACGCUGCGGCUGUAUCCGUCGGUGCCGUUUUACGGGAGGAAGAUUUUGGAGAACUGUGAAAUCGAGGGUCGAACCUUCCCGGCCGGUGCCAACGUCAUUAUCAUGCCGUUCUUCAUGGGCCGUGAUUCGGAGUACUUUGAGGAUCCGCAGGAAUUCCGCCCGGAACGAUUCGCGGUGGAAACGUCCGCCGAGAAGACCAACCCCUACCGGUACAUUCCGUUCAGCGCUGGGCCGAGGAACUGUAUCGGGCAAAAGUUCGCGAUGGCCGAGAUCAAGAACGUCAUCAGCAAAGUGCUGCGCCAUUUUGAGCUGCUGGCGCCGGACCACGUGCCCGAAGAGUCGUUCAUCGCGGAGAUGAUUUUGCGGCCCACGUACGGGAUUUCGCUGCGGUUGAAGGAACGAACUGUAGGUGAGUUCGUUGAGGUUGGCCAUCGUGAUGGGUUUGUGGGGGUCGGUUCCGAAGACGGCAAUGAUUUCAUCGUGAACUUUCUGCUGAAUGGCCGGAUAUUUGGCCAGGUUGUAGAGGGUGAACGAGACGCCGGAGGUGGUGGUGUCGUGACCUUCGAACAUAAAGGUGUCCACUUCUUCGCGGAUCUCCAGGUUCGUGAGGGGUCGUCCUUCGAUGGAGGUCUUGAGCAGCAGGUCCAGGAAGGCCUCUUUCUUCUUGCCGCCGUACUCGUGCUCUUCAGAGGCAACUUCUGCGGACUGGUUCGAGCUCGCUUCCAGCUGCAUCCGCCGGGACACGAUCACGUUGUCGGUAACAGCGGAGUUCGCAUGUAUACGUCGUACAUCCGCGUGAUCGAGAUACUGGCCGCUUCUUUGACCGCCUUCACGUACUCCGAGUCGGAGUUCCGCAUGGCAUCGACGGACGUUCCCAUCGCCGUUUCGCAGAUCACGUCCAACGUCGAACUUGCCCAGAACGUCAACCAACUCAGCAGCGUUCCGAUCAAACACCUCCACGAACUGGUCCAGAAUCUUGAAGUGGAACGCCGGGGUGAUGAUCUUCCGUCGGGCGUGCCACUUGUGUCGUUUGCUAAGGAGCAGCCCAUCGCCCAGCCAGUUGGACAGGAACCCGUAUUCGUCGGAUUUGUUCGUCAGGUUGCGGUUCGUAAGGAUCGCCUGCCAACCAAGGCAGAUCAACGGCUUACCAACGGUCGUUUUGUUCACGAACCACAGUCCGUUGCCGAUAAUCGGCAGUGCCGGAGGUCCCGAGUACUGCUGGGCCACUUCCAGUGCCCGGGCAUUGCGCCGGUACAGAUCGACGGCCAGCAGGACUACCAGAACGAUCGGCAACAGCAACAGAAUGGCAGAAUUCCGCGCAAUGAUACUGCACUUCGUCGCUGGUGGUGGCUUGUAAAUUGCCAUAAUCUGAAGUUCAUCGAGGUGAAGUUCUCUCAGUACGAAACCAACUGUCUGGUGGCAAUGUUUUGGUCACUGGUCCUAGUUCCGUUAGUGGUUUUGCUUUUCAACUAUCUGGUUCGGGAUGCGAAAAAGAAGUAUUCCGUGAUGCUGCCCGGGCCGGCAAAGUAUCCUGUGUUUGGAAGUGUGCACAUCUACCGGAAACGGGAUCCCGAGGACACCUGGUCCUUCAUAACGAACCUCAGCCGGAAGUAUGGCAAGCUGUUUUGCGUGUGGAUCGGCAGCAGGCUGGCGCUGUUCUGCAGCAACCACUCGGAUACGGAAACGGUGCUGAGCAGCCAGAAGUUGAUCCGGAAGAGCGAGCUGUACAAGUUUCUGAUCCCGUGGCUCGGCGAUGGACUGCUGCUGAGCACCGGGCAGAAGUGGUUCAACAAGCGGAAGAUCCUGACGCCGGCGUUUCACUUCAAGAUUCUGGAGCAGUUUGUCGAGGUGUUUGACAAGCAGAGCACGGUUCUGGUGCAGAGGUUGAGGGAGCAGGCUACCGGGAAGUUGGUGAACAUCUACCCCUUUGUGACGUUGGCAGCGUUGGACAUUAUUUGUGAAACUGCCAUGGGCACCUCGAUCAACGCCCAAACGGACACCGACUCCAAGUACGUACGAGCGGUUACGGAGCUGAGCUACCUGCUAGCAGGUCGUUUCAUGAAGGUUUGGCAAAGGUCGGACUUUUUGUUCAACCUCUCCACGGACAAAAAGCGCCAGGAUAAGGUGAUCAAGGUGUUGCAUGACUUCACAACCUCGAUCAUUCGAUCGAGAAGGGAGGAACUGUUGGCUGAGAAGAUCGAAACGAACGACACCGCUGACGAAGAGGGCGUUGGAACCAGGAAGAAGAUGGCAUUCUUGGACGUCUUGCUGCAAGCUUCGAUCGAUGGGCGACCAUUGACCGAUAAAGAAAUCCAGGAGGAGGUGGACACCUUUAUGUUUGAAGGACAUGACACGACGACGAUCGCGAUUACGUUCACGCUGAUGUUGCUGGCCAAACAUCCCGAUAUUCAGGAAAAGGUCUACCAAGAGGUUACUGAGAUCAUUGGAAAGGACCUGAACGCACCCACAACCUAUCGCAACCUACAAGACAUGAAGUACCUGGAGUUGGUGAUCAAGGAGUCGCUUCGGUUGUACCCACCAGUACCGAUCAUUGGACGGAAGUUUACGGAAAAGACUGAAAUCGAUGGCAAGGUGGUUCCGGAGGACUCGAACUUCAACGUUGGUAUCAUUCUGAUGCAUCGCGAUCCAACGCAGUUUGAGGAGCCGGAACGGUUCGACCCGGAGCGGUUUAGUCCAGAACGGACAACCGAGCUCAGUUCACCGUACGCGUAUAUCCCGUUCAGCGCAGGGCCAAGAAAUUGUAUUGGUCAAAAGUUCGCCAUGCUGGAGCUGAAGAGCACCCUUUCGAAGCUCAUCCGCAACUAUCGGCUCACGGACACCGGCCCGGAACCGAAGCUGAUCAUCCAGCUGACGCUAAAGCCCAAGGACGGCCUGAAGGUUGCGUUCGUCCCGCGUGCUGCAGCAUAACGAUUUUUUGUUACAACCCAUACAGAGAGACUUAUUGAAUAGCAGGUUUAUUGUGAUAUGUGUUUAUCGGUUUUCAAUAAAAAUUUUCAAAAUGGUUUGGAGAAUGUCAUCAUUGUCAUCAGAGAAAACUCUUUCUGUUGGCGACGAUGCUGUAAUACAGAAAA